GAUCACAUCGGGGCCUUUGGGGGAGACAAAAAGAGAGUAACAAUAGCUGGGGAAUCCGCUGGUGCAAUGAGUGCUAUUCAGCAUGGGUUGAUUCCGGAAAACCGUGGACUUUUCCAAAGAAUAAUAGCUCAAAGUGGCAGUACGUCCAUGGCCCUCAAGGAUUUUGAGCGAUCCGUGUUGAAUGAUACUUUAAUAUUUGCGAGUGCGUUAAAAUGUAGUACUGAUUCGAUGGCUAAAUUGUUGAAAUGCUUAAGGGGUGUAAAUACGGAUGAUAUUUUAUCGACACUUAGAGCACUUGCCUACAGAGUAAAUUUCAGUCCAACAGUAGACGGCGAACUUGUCAGAAAUAAUCCGCAAAAAGUUGUAAAAUUGUCAAAAAGCGUGGAAGAAAUUGAAUUUUUCCGGUCCACUGAUAUUUUGAGUGGGUUCAAUGCUUACGAAGGAGCAUUCCUUUGGACUUAUGUAAUUAAUACCGGACCGAUUGAAACCAUUCAACCAACACGUGACCAAAUGAAAACGUGGUUGUUUCCCUUCAUGUUGAAAUAUUCCGGAUGGGAUUUAAAUCUGAAAUGAUGAAACUGGUCGAGGCUCAGUACACAAACUGGACAAAUCCAAAUAAUAGCAACUCCAUCCGUCUGCAGAUCACGAAACUUUUAGGCGAUGCAAAUUUUGGUGCACCAGCCAUACAGAUGGCUCGCCUUCAUAAGAAAUCAACUACAUCUCGAAACUUUAUGUAUCACUUUACGCCAAAGCCUUCUGUUGUUACGCUAAAAACCCCAAGCUGGAUUCCGGGAUCAAAUCACAUGGACGAACUCCCUUUCAUGUUUGGGAUGACUGAUCGACUCGGCGCAGGUGACGAAAAUGCCUGGGAAAUAGAACUGUCAUCAAAAAUGGUGAUUUACUGGGCGAAUUUCAUAAAAUCUGGCAAUCCGAAUAAUCCCGAGCCUGUUAUUCCAAGAUGGCCAAAGUACAGCGUAGACACUGGAGAUUUUCUUAAACUCGAGAAAUCCAUAUCAAAUUCAUCUGCCGGUCAAUAUUUCUACGCAGAAGAGGCAAACUUCUGGUUGGACGUGUUUCCAAAACUGAACGAUGCCGUACAGAAGGACUGUAGAAAUCCUCCUCAGCCCAGUGCUGCUGAUGUUGUAUCUGCCCACCAUGUUCAUUUUUCAGCGUUGAUGAUUGCUCUUAUAUUUGUAUUUUUUAUCUUAACAAGGGAAUAAGUAGACUGGCAUCAGUCGUUAGAAUCCUUUAAAAUGAAUAUUUCUGCCAUUAAAUCGUCUUUAAUAAAACUUUCUGUAUAUGUUAUCUCUUGACUCUAACGUGUUGAAAUGAGUCUAGAGAAAAAAAGGGUUUUCUGAAGAAAUAAUCAGUGUCCGUAUGAAAAAAAAAAUUACAGAUUACUUGAUCUUAACAGACUUUGUAUGUCUUGGGAAUAUUAAAAAAACAUGACAUUAAUGUCCAUAUACAAGUUAACAGAGUGGAAAGUCGGACCAGAAAUAUUGUAUUGCACAUUAUACAAAUAUAGGCUUUUCAGAUGCACAAUAUGGUUUGAUAUGGAAGAGAAAAAAAAAGAUAUUUGACCGGGUUAAACGAGGUCUAUAUUAAUUUCAUCUGUAUCGUAUCACAUCAUAUUGCGCAGCUGAAAAGUUCUUUUUAUUACCUGCUGAGUGGAAUCAUUAGCAUAUAUACUGUUGAUUAUUUUAUUACAUUUAGUACUGAGGAACGUUUGAGACAGAUGCAUGUAACGAAGAAUACGUAAUUUUGAAAAAAAAUUAUAUAAAAAUACAAUUGUAUCAAUAUCUAUUCUAUUAAAAUACUGCUGCCCAGUCUUUUCCCAAAUAGUAUGUGCUAAAGUUUAUUAAAGGUAUA